AUGGGGCAAAAGGCCUCACAGCAGGUGGCUCCCAAGGACGGCCAGGAGGUCCUCGCCAUGUGUGAGGUGGUCAGCGCAGCUGUUGCCCACGCAGCUCAGAAGCUAAAGGAGUACCUCGGGUUUGAGUACCCACUGAGCAGACUCCGCCUUGCAGCAAGUACUCUGAGUGAGGUCUUCCUCGUCCACUUCGUCGCUUUCUGUCAGGAGAGGGGGGCUGAUGAGUGGCUCACCACCACCAAGAUGACCAAGCACCAGGCCUCGCUGUUUGGAGCAGACUGGAUUUGGACCUUCUGGGGACCUGACAAGCAAAUACGGCUGCAGGUGGCGGUGCAGACCCUGAGGAUGACGGCUUCUCCUCUCCCUCCGAGGGACCCAAAGCCCUGCGAAGCAAGGGGAGAGGAGUCUCGCACCAGAGGCAGGUUUGAUAGGCUGGAAGAGUUCUGUCACUUGGUGGGAGAGGACUGUUUGGGCCUGUUUAUCGUCUUCAGCGUGCCUGGAAGACCUAAAGCCAUCAGAGGGGUUGCCCUGGACAGUAUCAGAAGUGGGAUGUUGGAGAGCCGUCUGCCGGGACGCAAGGCUGUGGAACAGUUUUUGCUGGAAACGGAAGACUGUGUCUCCAUCAAAGAGCUGCUGGGAAACUGCCUGAGUAAAAGAGAUGGGCUGGGUGGCAUGGGCAAGGUUUAUAUUAGCCUUCUCUAACCUGGGCAUGUUGCUGUGACUGGCCUGUAAGAUAAAACAGGGGAAAAAAAAAAUCAGCAAAAUAGGGAGAACCCUUAUCAUUGACUGAA